UGUUAAUACAACUUACUGAUGGGGUUACGGUUGUGCUUACCAACCAAAAAGGAGUUAAUAAAGAACCACCAAAUGUCUAUAUGGCUACGGUAGAACAUCCGAAUGUCGAAAUGUCCGAAAUUCAAUUUCCUAAAGCCGAAUUUCCCGAAAUUCAAAUUCCUGAAGUCAAUUUUCCUUCAUUCGAUUCAAUUUUUGAAAAAAUUC